AUGCGCUUCAACGCCGACCUGCAGACGCGCCCGCCGUGGCUGCCGCCGGCGCCGUGCGCGGCGCACCUCGCGCUCCUUUGGUGGUGGGAAGCGGGGGCGGCCAAGGCGCGGCGCGCGAGGGGUUGGUGGCGCCAGGUCGCAGCGGCGGAGGCGGACCUCCCGCAGGCGCAGCGCCUGAGGGCGGCCCAGCGCGACGGCGCGCUGCAGCGCUGGCUGCUGCCACACCUGCUGUCGGCCGCGCUCGCCGCCGGCCACCCGCCCGGCGCCGCAGUGGCUGGGGCCGGGGGCAAGGUCGCAUCCGCCGCAAGCGGCGGCGGCGGCGAGGCGGCAGCCGGCGACGGCCUCGCCGUGGCUGCGGCGGCGGCGGAUUCAGAGCUGCGGGCGCUAGUCCCGCGCUUUGCGAUGGCGCUAGGCAUCCAGGCGGCUGCUGAGGGUGACGGAGUUGAGGCCGCGCUCUCUGCUGCGUUUGGCGGUGGCGACGAGGGCAGCAUUGGGCCGGAGGGCGUGCCGGCUUCUCGGCAGCUGCAGCUGCUGGACUUGGCGCUCUUCCACACCGCGGAAGCUGCGGCGCAGCUGCUGGCCUGCGUGGCGCCCCAGGCGGCCGGCGACGGCGGCGGCGGCGGCGGCGACGGGCUGGAGGGCGCGAGCGGGCGGGUGCAGCGGCGGGCGGCGCUGCUGACGUCAGCGUUGGAGGGGCUGCGGCGGGGGGCCGAGGCCCGCCUGGCGCCGGGCGCAUGCGAGUGCGGGCUGCUGCCCGGGGCCGCGCUGUCGCUGGCGUCGCUGCUGGUGGAUGGCGGCUGCCUGUGGGUCACGAGCUGCCUGGAGAGCUGGUCGCGCGCCGUCAAGGCCAGCAAGCGCAAGCAGUCCAAGAAGUCCGCCGCCCCGCCGCCCGCCGCGGCGGCGCUUGCCACGCCCGCGGUGCAGUCCGCGCUCUCUGCGCUCGGCGCCGCCGCGGCGGCCGCGGCCGCGCUCGCCGGCUCGCUGGCGGCGGCCUGCAAGCAGCUGCUGCAGCAGGCCGCGGAGCAGUCCGAGGCGGUUCUGCUGCAGCAGCUGGACCCCCAGUCCAGUGACGUCAUGCGGCAGCUGGUGGGCUGGGAGCCGCGGCUGUCAGUGCAUCACGUGAUCAAAGCGGUGCAGGGGGAGCAGCGGCAGGUGCUGCAGCGGGUCGCUGCAGCGGCAGCGGCGCUGCAGCAGCGGCUGGCGGCGGUGGCGUGGUGA